UAAAUGAUGGUUUAUAUAGAGCAAAAAUAUUAAAAAAUAAUAAAGAUUGUUAUAAUGUUUUCUACAUUGAUUUUGGAAACAUUGAAAGAUUCAAAUGUUGUAUAUGAAUUGGCUGAUGAAUUGAAGAAGCCUGGAAUAGCUGUUAAAAUAGGACUCGGUGAUUUAAAAAAUAUUCAAACAACUGAACAAAUUAAAGAUAUGUUUCAAACAUUUUGUGACGUCGGAAAGCCAUUUAUGAUUGUGUUCAAUGAAAACUCUGAAAAUUGUCUAGAAAAUGUCAAAUUAAAAGUUAUAGAAAAUGGAUCAUAUAUUAAUUCUAAAUAUUUAAUGAAACGUACAUCAACACAAACUGAUACAUCCAAAGUUAUUGAUCAACAGGCAAGAUCACGAAGUUUAAUUUUUUAUAAUGCUGCAGAAUCUGAUGGAAAUAAUGAAGAUGACAUAUCUCUAAUAAGAUCUGUCUUACGUGUUAUGACUCGUAAUAUUGCUCCAGCAUUAGUCACUAGACUAGGAAAAAAAACAAGUGAACCUCGGCCACUUAAAGUUACUUUUCAUGAUCCAUCAGAUAUUUUUAUUGUACUUAAAAAUAAAUACAAACUGUGCACUUCAUCUACAUUCAGUUCCAUUCAGAUAUCUACAGAUCGUACUAAAAUGCAACGAAAUGAACUUCGUGAUAUCAUAAAAAAACUCGAUGAACGUAAAGCAGCCGGUGAAUCCAACAUAGUGUUGAAGUUUGACAAAGGCGUUCCAACCAUUUCAAAAUACUAGAUUACUGAAUACUAGUAAUCGUUCUAGAGGUGGGGUUGUUCUCUUAUCAAUGAAUAAUAAAUUUCAUUAUCGUUUAUUACAUUUA